AUGAACAAAGACAUAUUUACAUAUGAGAACAUUUUUAAAAACACAAACAUAAAUAAAAUACAAGAUAAACGAAAAAAAUCACAAAAUGUAUCAAACACACAAACUGUAUCAAGCACACAAACUGUAUCAAACGCACAAACUGUAUCAAACGCACAAACUGUAUCAAACGCACAAACUGUAUCAAGCACACAAAAUGAAAUAGAUAUAAAAUCGGAUAGGAACAUAAUAAAUAAUGUGGAAAAAGAAUCAGAAAAUUCGAAGAAUAUUAAUAAUAAAAUUUUUGAAGAAAAUGAAAAAAAAAUAAAAAUGAAAAAAGAUAUAUAUACUCUUUUUGAUGAUAAAAAUGAAAUAAAUAAUAAAGAAACUAACCCUUUUAACUUUUAUUAUACUAAUGAAAAUGCAAACAGUUCUCAAUGUUUACCUACUUAUAAUAUAAGUGCAGAAAAAGACGAAGCAAUAGAUGCAAUAAAAAGUGUAGAGGAUACUGAAUUGGCUAGAAAUGAGCAUAAUCUAGUAAAAAAUGAACCCGAUUUAAGCAAAUUUAACCAGCCACGAAAUGGCAACCCACAAUUAGAUGCGAAAAAACAAACAGAAGAAACUGCGUCUGACAAUUUUAUGUGCUUCUGUUUUGGAAGAUGUGGGACAUUUUUUUACACACAAGGCAGUUCUAUAGCAUAUGACCAACUUAUAAAUAUAAUCGAUAAAAAAGUGACAAAAAAAGUGGAAAAAAAAGUGGAAAAAGGCGAAAUGAACAAACAGAACGAAAUGAAUGAAUAUAUAUAUGCGUUGAAAUCAUUUCCAGGUCCUUUUUCUCGAAGGAAUAGUAAAAUAGAUGAAAAAAUAAAAAAGUAUUUAAAUAAAUUUAUAAAUAUAAAGAAAGAAAAAUAUAAAAAUAAUAUUUUUGAGGAUACACAAAAAAAUAGUAUAUACAACCAUUUAUUAAAUAUAAUUGAAAAUGAUAAUUUGUUGGAGUUUAAUUUGAAACAAUUAAAUGUUAAUAAAAAUUAUGAACAUAAUAAAAAUGAACAAAAUAAUAUCGUAAUGAAACUGUUAAAAAAUUAUAAAAAUAAUUCUAACAAUAAAAAUAAUAUGAAAGAGAUAUAUUCUGAAUGGGAAGAAACUGAUAAUUCUUCUUCUGAUUGUUCAGAAAUAGAAUCAAAUAAAAAAUAUAAUAAAGAAAUGCGUGAAUUUAGAAUUUCAAGCAAAGAUUAUAAUAACAAAACCCAAUUUAAUAAUAAAACCCAAUUUAAUAAUAAAACACAAUUUAAUAAUAAAACACAAUAUAAUAACAAAAACCAAUUUAAUAAUAAAACCCAAUUUAAUAACAAUGAUAAGCCUAAAUGUGUAAUAAAUAGUUUUAACGAAAUAUAUAAAGAUGAUAAUGAAGAAAAUUUUUUUCAAAUAGUAUAUGGAAAAGAUUUAAAAUAUGGAUUCAUAUAUAAUAAAAAAUAUUAUUUUUCAGAUUUAAUAAAUAAAAAAUUUAUAUAUAACAUAUUUAAAUUACAAAAUAAUGAACGAAUAACAACGGAUGAUAUAUAUUUAGAAUAUUUUAGUUUGUGUAUAUAUAAUAGUAAAAAGGCUACAAAAUUAUGUUUAAAAAAUAAUUUAUAUAAAUAUUUUUUUUUAAUUCUAAAAAAAUAUAAUAAAAAAAAAUAUAAUAAAAUGCUAGAUAAAUAUAUAAAACAUAUAAGUGUAUCAUUUAAUAAUGAAUUAGAUGUAAAAAGUUGUAUGCAAAAUAUUUACAAAAUAUAUAAUUAUAAUAUAUAUGAUGAUGUAUUGGUUCAAUCAUUUAUUUUUUUUAUUUGUUUAUUAAAUAAAAAAUCUAUUUUUUUUAAAAAUAAAAAUAUUAUUAUAAAUCAUUGGUAUGUAUUCUAUACAUUAAUACUUCACAAUUUUAUAUUUCAGUUUUCUGAAAAUGAAAUUGAUUAUUGUGAUUAUAAGGAAGAUAUUAUCAAAUUUUUUCAAUAUCUGAUUGACUUGUUAAUAUAUAAUAAUAGACAUAUUGAAUCUCAAUUUCUUUAUUUAAUUAUUUCUGGAAAUCCAUGCAUCUAUCAAAAUAAAACAUCGUACAUUUCAGAUACUAACUUACACACGGGUUCAUAUAAAAAUGGUGAUGCUCUCAAAGUAUCAAAUGUGGUUGGCAAAACGGACGAUAUUGACGGCAUUGGCAAAGCGGACGAUAUUGACGGAAUUGACGAAGUGGGAGGACAAAAUGGGGCCUCGUCUGAACCCAAAAUAGAAUCACUAAUCCGACAUCUACCAAAAAUUUCAUUUGAUGUAUAUACUUUUCAAGUUUGUGAUAUUUUUGAAUAUUUAUACAGAUUCAAAGAAGAAAGUUUUUUUUAUGAUGAUUUAAUUAUUUAUAAAAUAUAUUAUGCAUCUAUAUUAUUAGAAUUUGGAUUACUAGAACAAGCCAAACAAUAUAUAGAUAUUUUAUAUUAUUAUAUAGAUGUAAUAAAAAGUAAUAAAAAAAAUGAAAAUAUUAAUUAUAUAUUAUAUUUAUAUGAAACAUUAGUAAAUCAGUUGAAUUAUAUUUCUCCACAUAAAUUAUCUACUAAUCAAAAUCUUCAAAAUGAAAAUUAUAUAAAUUUAUAUUCGAAUCAAAAUAAUUACAAUGUACAUAAUUAUAAAAUUGUUUCAAAAAACGAUAAUAUAAAAAAUUCUAAAAUUUUAACAGAAACACAAAAUCAAAUAAAUAAAAAUAAUAACAAUAUACAUAUUCUUCAUCCCGAAUCUAAUUUACAAAAUUCGAUACAUAUAAUUGAAAAUGCAUCUGAGAAAUUGGAAACUGUUCAAAAUAAUCCUUUUCUGAAAAAUGAAAAUUAUCAAACAAAUAAAGAACAAAUACAAAAUUAUGAUGAUUCUAAUUAUCAAAAUAAUAUAGAUAAUACAUUAAUUCCAGAAACCGGUUAUUAUAAUUUACAUACAAAUGAGCCUGUACAUAAUUAUAUGGAAUACCAAACUGUCGAACAAAAUGCUGCCCAGCCAAUGCACACCCACAACACCCACAACGCCCACAACGCCCACAACAUCUACAACAGUAGCUAUAACAAUGAUGACUACAAUAAUGACUACAACAAUAAUGGUAUGAUUAACAAUGCCAUGAUUGACAAUGCCAUGAUUGGCAAUGCCAUGAUUAACAAUGCCAUGCUUAACGACAAUGUGACCCAUAAUCAACCAGAUGAAAUUUCUAACAUAUUUCCAAACACACAUAUAAUAAUGUCUACCCAAGAAAAUAGAAUUGAUUAUAAAACAAAUUAUUCAAAUAACAUUUCUGGCGACUCUAUACCACAAAUUAAAUACGGAGAAUAUAAUAAUAUGAUGCAAUACAAUUAUUAUGAAUCAAAUUCGGGCAAAUAUAUUUCCCCAAAUUAUAAUGUAAAUAAAAUGAACGAUUUCUACAGUUAUAACAACAACCCUUCCCAUGUAGACCCACAAAAUAUUAACUACUACUAUAACAAUAAUAAUAAUAGUAACACUUAUUCUGACGAAAAUUGUCAGAAAAUGAAAAUAAAUGACGUACCAACUAGCGUAUCAGCUGACGUACCAACUAGCGAGCCAACUAGCGUACCAGCUGACGUACCAAAUAGCGAGCCAAAUCGUAAUGAUGCGAAUCAGACUAAUGUAGACUUGAUAAAUAUGGGUAAAAGUUUUAUAUCUGGUUUUUUCUCAAAUAUCAAAGAGAAAAUAAAAAUAGUUGAUACAGGAAAAGAAGAAACAGAAAAAGAAGAUGAAAAUAUAUUUUAUUAUGAUUAUAAAAAAAAAAGAUGGAGAGAAAAGGGUGUCACAUCUGAUGAAGAAAAAGAACGUGAAGAAACAAAAUUAAAAAACAAAAUGGAAAUGUCAAAAAUAACACCCCCUCUUGUAUCAAAUGCAUAUAAUAACACAAACCCUAAAAAACCUUUGGAUAUGAAAGAUGUAAGAAGUAGAUAUGUCGACUAUUUUAAUUAA